AUGAGCGAGAGGGAAAAACGGUUGGCGGGUCGCGUCGCGUGGCCGAGGGCGAACGGGACGCGCGCGAAGGCGAAGGCGAGGACGCGCGCGAGCGCGACGAAGGGCGAGGGUUCGAGCGGCGCGGCGCGAGCGAACGGCGAACGCGCGGCGAAGACGGACGCGGUGAAGGAUGCGGAGGAAGACGUUUCGAAUAAUCGACCCGGUGAACGCGGGUUUACGGAUGAAGAGAUCGCCGCGUCGCGCGCGGCGCUCGAGGAGGAAUUGCGGCGCGGCGGCGCGGACGAAGACUCGUUGUUGGGGUUGCGCACCAUCGGCGCCGCGGGGGCGCGCGAGGGGUGGGACGACGAGGAGGUGGCCGCGUUCGCGGAGCACGCGACGCGAUACGGCGACGAUCUCUUUCGCUUGCGCGCCAAGCUGCCGAAGAAAUCGAUGCGCGACGUCGUGAACUAUUACUACAACGUGUGGCAGGUCGGGUUCGCGAAUUACGGUCGCGUCGACGUCGAGGGCGCGGAGGAACCGGCGCCGCGCGAGCGAGCGCGACGCGGACCGGCGCCCAAGUACACCGUCGAACAGGUGCGACGGGAGAAGGAUGAAAAGUCGCUGCGCGGAUUCGUGGAUUGGAUUCGAGGCGUCGCGAUCAACACCAAGCGCGCGAUGCUAAACGUUCACCGAGCGCCGACGACGGCGCGCGUAAAGGGCCACAUGAUGACGCGCUGGCGCACCGUGACGCGGAGCGAGGACGCGGACGACGGCGUCGCGAGAGAGGCGUACUUGAAGGAUUUGAAGCGACGCAUGACGGCGGCGAGGUUCACGAAGGAGGAACAAGAGGCGGCGGCGAGAAUGAAGACGAAAGCGAAAUCGUCCAAAGCGUCGUCCGCAAAGGUGACGAAGACCGCGUCGAGUGGUGACGCGGCGACGAAGACGAAGAAGACGGCGUCCGCGCCCGCGGACGGCGCGCCGACGCCGAAGAAACGAAAACGCCGAAUCGACGAUGGUCAGCCGAAGAUUUGUCGAAAUUGCCGAGCGAUGGAAACGAAACAGUGGCGCUUACCCGUCGAGGGCGCGGGCGUGCUUUGCAACGCGUGCGGGUUACGCGAUAGAAAACAAGCGAAGAAGAACGAAGCCAGCGCCGCGGGCGAGACGGAGCCUACGCCAAAGGAAAAUAAGACGCCCGAUCGGGGGAAGGAUGGUUUGAAGAAGAAACGCUCUCCGGGAUUGAAACCGACGCCCGACCGCAACUUUCAGCUUUAG